AUGAACCACCUCUUGCGUUACUUGAAUGGUUAUGCAGAUUUUCAAAAUAGUGGUGCCAACCAAAAAGGCAAAGGCAAAGUGGGGUACCGUGAGUUAUGCUUCUUAUACGUAUCAGAUGAAUGCCUUUGACAUUCAAACGUAGAGAUUUACUUGAUUUUCAUUGCUUUACAAUGCGUCGCAACUCCACUUGCACUUGCACUCAGUCCUCCUGAAAAGGUCCAGCGAACCGAUGGUACAAAAGUGAAGGUUGUGAUAGAAAAGUCUUUUGCUGCUGAAAUUCGAGCUUUAGGAAAAGCUUUAUGCAGACGUGAUGUAUGCCGCCCAUUGUCUCAUUUCAAGGGCACCAGGUUCUAAAGUCGUGUCCUAGAUUCUCCUUUUAUUGCCGAUAUUCUGGGCUGCUUACUUUAAUCAAUACCUUGGAAGUAAGCAGAUUAAGAAUCUUUGUUGACUAAUUCGCUAAUUGAGUAGACUUCCAAACAUAUUAUUUUGGUGUUCGUGCAAGAGCAUUGAUUGGAUUCGUCGGUAUGACUGAUUUGACAUCGAAGCAUGACCCUGGUUGCUAAUAUUAAUAGGUAACUUUUCAAAUCUGCUAGCCUCAUUUUUGAUGAGUUCCUUGCUAGAUUUUAAAAGGCUUCGCGUUCAGAAAAGAAUCAGCAUCGGGUAAGAGUGAACACACGACUUCUAUCUUGGGACUGAGAACUAACACCCACACAGAUUCUAUUAUGUCGUAGCCUUACACUUGGUUGCUUGGAUAUAUGGUUGGGUCAUCCAGGAGAAAUACACACGUACAAACCCAAGUUGGGACUGGGAAGAACCAGGAUUUGUAGAAGGUUUCUUUGUGAUAGUUCUCUGGAGUAAGUCUUUGCUGGUUCAAUACGACCUUGGAAAUGAGCUUAUAGUUGCUGCAGAGUUUUCCGAACAAGGCAUUCAAAGCUGGAUGUAUUAUUUUAUAUCCACAAAGACUGAUAACAUCUCCGAAUUAUGUAAGAGAUACGCGACCUUCUCGAUUAUAGACAGAACUUAUAUCUUUGCAGCACGAUUUACAGGAAUUUUGCGGCGGCAAGAAAGUUUUGCCCAGGCAGUUUCGUUUGGCUUAAAUAGCCGAAAUUGGAAAGGCGGCCGCGUGCCACUCGCUGUGAAUACCAUCCUUCUCGGUAAGCCUUUGCAAUAGUAAACAGUCUUGUAAAUAAUUGUAAUCUUGACAUCCCAAUAGGUCUUGCUGUGGUUCCAACCUGGAUUGCCUUGCGGGAACAUGUACCGGUCGAGUCUGAUGAGGCUUACGGGUUUGAAGCAACGAGCGACGAACAGGCUACAUCUGCAGAAGUCGUGUUUGUUAAAGAGACCGCGAGAGUCACGGUCACAUAA